GCGCGCGUGCUCGUGACGGGCGGCAACCGCGGUAUCGGCCUCGCGCUCGUGAAGGAGCUCGUCGCGUGCGGCGCGAACGUCAUCGUGACGUGCCGCAAGUCCAACGAUGAGAUCGACGGCAUGGCGCCCGCCGUCCAGGUCAUCGAGGGCGUGGACGUCACGGACACGGAGAGCGUGAAGGCGAUGACGCGAGCGUUGGACGCCCCCGUGGACGUCCUCAUCAACAACGCGGGGUACUUUUACGAACCCGUGGAGACGAUCGAGAACAUGGCGUUCGACGAGGAGCUCAAGAUGAUCGACAUCUGCGCCGUCGGGCCGCUUCGCGUCGCGAGCGCGCUUUACAACGCCGGACUGAUCGCGAAGCCCGGAGGGAAGAUCGCGAUGAUCACCUCCCAGGGCGGGAGCGUGUCGUGGAGAGUCGUGCAAAAUCCAACCGGGCACGACUUCGGCCAUCACAUGUCCAAGUCGGCGGCGAACAUGGGCGGGGUGCUGCUCGCGCAGGAGCUCGGCCCGCGAGGGAUCUUGGUCCAGAUGCUGCACCCCGGGUUCAACAAGACCGGGAUGACG